AUGUCGGGCGCUCAGGAGAUCGGCAGGAGCAAGAACUCUGACCAGAUCGCUCCUACUCCUCAGAACACCCCUCUCAGCAACGCCCCUCUCACCCGUGACGCUCUUUCCCGACCUACCGUCGGCACAAUUGGCGAGGAGGAUGAGAAUGCCGUCGAUGUCGCCUCGGCUCUCCAGGGCAACCCUGCUCUUGCAGCCAUGGUCCAGGACAAGCUUUCCAGCCUUGUUGGCCGAUCCUCCGGCUACGUCGAGUCACUUCCCGACCACGUUCGUCGUCGCGUAGAGGGUCUCAAGGGUGUCCAGCUCGAGCACCACAAGAUCGAGGCCGACUUCCAAAAGGAGAUCCUAGAACUCGAAAAGAAGUACGCUCAGCGCUACAAGCCUCUCUACGAGCGACGUGCUGCCAUCAUUCAGGGUAAGCAGGAGCCUACAUCUGACGAGGUCAAGGCCGGUGAGGCUGUUGACGCCGACGACGACGAUGACGAGCAGCCCGAGUCGCUCGCUCAUCUCAAGGCUCCUGCUGAAGGUCCCAACGGUAUCCCUGAGUUCUGGCUUACUGCACUCAAAAACCACAUCGCUCUCUCUGAGCUCAUCACCGAGCGUGACGAGGAGGCUCUCCGUGCUCUUGUCGAUGUUCGCAUGAGCUACCUCGUUGACCAGGCUGGUUUUAAGCUCGAGUUCGAGUUUGACCCUAGCAAGAACGAGUACUUCACCAACCAGAUCUUGACCAAGACCUACUACUACCAGGAUGAAGUUGGAUUCUCCGGUGACCUCGUCUACGACCACGCCGAGGGUUGCAAGAUCGAGUGGAAGGAGGACAAGGACCUUACCCACAAGAUCGAGACCAAAAAGCAGCGCAACAAGAACACCAACCAGACUCGUACCGUCAAGCGCUCCGUCCCUGUCGAGUCGUUCUUCAACUUUUUCAACCCACCCAAGCCACCCAAGAACGGCGAGAUCGAGGACGAGGAUGCUGACCUCGACGAGCUCGAUGAGCGACUCGAACUCGACUACCAGAUUGGUGAAGAUCUUAAGGACCGCAUCAUCCCUCACGCUGUCGACUUCUUCACUGGCAAGGCUCUUCAGUACGAGGAUAUUGACGACCUCGAUGAUGCCGACUUUGACGACGAGGAUGACGACGACGACGACGACGACGACGACGACGAUGAAGACCAUGACGAUGGCCAGCCUCGUCGAUCUUCGCAGUUGGGCGCUAGUGCAGGAUCCCAAAUGGCCGGUUCGCAAGAUCCUCAAGAGUGCAAGCAGCAGUAA